AUGAUGGUUUUAUUUCUUAUUGGACUUGUUAGUAUAAUUCUGUUGCGAACAUUGAGAAAAGAUUAUGCAAGAUAUGGAAAAGAUGAUGAUUUAGAUGGUAUGGAACGUGAUUUGGGUGAUGAAUAUGGUUGGAAACAAGUUCAUGAUGACGUAUUUCAUCCUCCUGCUCAUCCUAUAUUAUUUUGUUCAUUAAUUGGUUCUGGUUAUCAAAUAGCAACAGUAGCAAUACUUUGUAUUGUUAUAACAAUUCUUGGUGAUAAUUAUAUCGAACGUGCAUUACUUUUUAGUACAGCUAUAUUUCUUUAUGCUGCAAUAUCAGUGAUUAAUGGUUAUGCUGGUGGAAGUUUAUAUGCAUGA